ACAAGAAGAUUGCCGAGGCGUCCGCCAAUUUAGAUUUGUUAUGGCUACAGCAUGCGUACUUGAAACGUGGAUGGUUGUUUUCCAUGUACAUUUGUGAAUUCCUUAUUUGUGCAAUUAAGCUUUCCGGGACCGAAAAAUGUCGUACCGCCUUGCCUCUCGUUGGUGUUUCGAAGGAAGAACAUCCAUUGAAAUUGCUACCAUAA